AUGUCGCAACAACCAGUAUGGAGCAAUGAGUACCAGAGGUACCUUCAUACAGUAUGGGAUGAGACGCACAACCGAUACUAUUGGACCCAUCAUGUGGAAGGACAGGGUUGGGUAUUCUUCGACUGGCUGCCCGUACACCCAGUGCCUGUGCAACCGUACAUAGAUCCCCGCCGUGACUCUGUCGUUCAUACUGGCGGGCAACCAGCAGGACCAAGUAAUCUGUUCAGUAGAGAGGGAACCACAGUUGUGGGUUCCUACACGACGAGCAACCCCGUGCCUUACGAGCCGCUGGACCAAAGCUUCAAAGUCAGGCACAGCGACUAUUUUAGAGAAGGAAGGAUGUUCGCCAUUCUUUUCAUCGAAGCCGCCGGCACGAAUGCUGCAAAUUACGUGACUCACUAUAACGGCGACUUGUCUCGUCUAUCCCAGUUCACUCGAGUAAGAUACGGUGAACUGGCACACGCUCAAGUACGACGGUUUAUUGUCGUCAAGCACAGGAGAGAGUUUUGUUACGCUGUACCAGUCUUUACCUACAACAAUCGCGCUACUACAAAGCCAGGCGUAAGACCAGACGAACAUGCAAUUGCUUACUCGUACGGCUAUAGUCCACAACUAGUUCCAGGCGAAGAAGAGCUUAAAAAGUUUCCCAUUGCGAUCGAGAUGAUUGAGAACGAGAAGCCGCUGGCGAUAGCCUCUAGGAUUUACUUUGGCAUCCAUCAUCCGAUCCAGUACAACGUCAAAGUCAAAGACCUCGGCUGCGUACACUCUGACUGGAUGGCUACCUUUUCUGGAUACUGGAAGAUGGAGAACACGGAUGCUCCCGGACAGGGUCUAGAGGUGACCUAUGAUCCAACCAAUCACGAUACCAACUAG